UCAUCCGCUUGGUAAGGGGGGGAAGUUUGAUCCUCUUUCUCACGGAUCGCAGUCAACGGGAGUUUUUUCUCCCAACUCUGUUCGUAGGAUUUUUUUCCUCCUAUUUUGGUUCCUUUUUUUAUUUUAGGGAUUUUUUUUCCCCCCCACAAAACAACGUGGUCCAUCUCAGCGCAGCGUCUGCAGCCCGCGCGCUCCGCUAAACUGGAUUUUAAUUUUAUUUUCUGUUUUCUUCCCGACUCCUAAGUUUGUUUCAAGCUCAUGACUAUGCUUCUUGAUAGCGGUCCGCAGUUUGCAUCCUUAGGAGUGGGGGGUUUCGGGACACCGCGGCAUCACGAAAUCGGGAACAGAGACCCGAGUCUGGGACUGAAUCCGUUCACCGAUUCCUCCCACUCCGCCGCGUUUAAAAUCAGCCCCGUGGCUCACGAUAUCGCCAGCAGCCAGACGUCCGCUUUCACUCCGCAAGCCUCUGGAUAUGCAGCUGCGCUGGGACACUCUCACGGCGGGCAGGUGGGCUCGUACGGCGGGGGAGCGUUCAACUCAACGCGGGACUUUCUGUUCAGGAACCGCGGCGGAGAGUCCGGCGCGCCGAGCGCGCAGCAUGGGAUUUUUGCAGCGUCGGCGGGGAGCCUGCACGGGCCGCCCGGGAUCACAGACAACCCCGGACAUUUGUUGUUUCCCGGACUUCACGACCAAGGAGUGAGCCACCCUUCCUCCGGCGGACACGUAGUGAACAGCCAAAUGCACCUCGGCUUACGCGGGGACAUUUUCGGAAGACCCGACCCGUACCGUCCCGUGGCCAGCCCGCGCACGGACCCGUACGGGGCGCAGCUGCACAACUACAACCACCCCAUCAACAUGAACAUGGGCAUGAACGUGCCCACGCACCACGGCCCGGGGGCCUUCUUCAGAUACAUGAGGCAGCCCAUCAAGCAAGAGUUGUCCUGCAAAUGGAUAGACGAGAACCAGAUGAACAGACCCAAAAAGACUUGCGACAGGACUUUUAGCACCAUGCACGAGAUGGUCACGCAUGUGUCCAUGGAGCACGUCGGCGGCCCCGAGCAGAGCAACCACGUCUGCUUCUGGGAGGACUGCCCGAGAGAAGGGAAAUCUUUUAAGGCCAAGUAUAAACUCGUCAACCACAUCCGCGUGCACACGGGCGAGAAACCGUUCCCGUGCCCGUUCCCUGGAUGUGGGAAAAUAUUUGCCAGAUCGGAAAAUCUCAAAAUCCACAAAAGAACACACACAGGUGAGAAGCCGUUUAAGUGUGAAUUUGAUGGCUGCGACAGACGCUUCGCCAACAGCAGCGACAGGAAAAAGCACAUGCAUGUGCACACAUCAGACAAGCCAUACAUCUGCAAAGUGUGCGACAAGUCAUACACACACCCCAGCUCUCUCAGGAAACACAUGAAGGUACACGAGUCUCAAGGUUCUGAAUCAUCUCCAGCAGCAAGCUCUGGAUACGAGUCAUCCACGCCUCCCGUGCUGGUCUCGGCCAGCACCGACGACCCGACAAAAACGCCGCCGUCAGCCGUGCAAAACACGUCUGGUCACAGCGAAGGACUGGCACCCAACUUUAACGAAUGGUACGUUUGAAGUCAGAAGAAAAAAAAAAGGAAAGAAAAAAAAACUCUCAAUGUGGACCACGAGAAUGGGGAUAAACGAGGAGUAGAUCUAAAGAAAAAAAAAAGGAAGAAAAAAUCUUCUCGUCCUCACAUCCAACACACAUCCACACUGUCAGACACACACACACCCCAAUACACACACACAUGCACACACAAACUCAAACAAAUCGGCUUGAAACAACAACAAUAACAACCACAACAGGAGAUGAGAGCAAAAGCCAGCACAGGCGGGACAAGUCCGUUCUCAGGAUCACGAAAAUUUGUCUUUUAUUCCGCAGUUUUGAAGAAAUUAAAAUAAAUCACAGCUAAAUAAACGUAAAACUUUCUCAGUAUAAAUAAAUGUUUUUUAUCUUUUAGUUUACAGAUUUCAGAAAAAAAUGUUUUAUUUUUCCUUUUAUGUAUUUUCUCAAAUUUUUAUUUAAAAAAAAAAAUUAAAAAGGAAUAUUAUUUCACGCUGUUUUAUAUGACGGUGACGCGCUGCUGUCGCCUCUUCAAUUGAUUGUUGAAACUUCAAACAGUCUUAAGAAACGUGCCAAAGUCUUUGUCAUGAACUUGAACACAGAAAAAAAAAUCAUAAAUAAUUAUUAUACUCGUGAAUGUAUUUCCUUGUUUGAUGGGGUCGAAUCUGUUGUCAACGUCCGUUUUCAGGUGGACACAUGUGGUAUUAGGUUACGAUUGUUACCGUUAAAUAUAACGUUGCCUUUUGUUAAUACCGUUGUAAAUACAUAUCCAUGAUGCCAUAUUUAUCAAUUUGUAAUUUAAUUAUGGGUAUAAGUUCUGAAACUUAAAUGAUAUUUAUGGAAAUGUUUUCUAACAAGAACUGUACAGUUUUGGUCAUAACCAGCUUAACAUUGAACAAAUGAUAAACUCUAAAGCUCCAACAUCGCGAUUGUAUCCUUCUGUUUUCUUUUUUCCUUUUUUUCUUCUUUUUUUAACCAAUAGGCCUACAUGUGUCUUAUUUGGAUCAAAAAAAAUCAUCUAUAUGAAUAGUAUGGAUUUGUCUAUAUAUAAUGCAGAUAUUUCCGCCAGUUUUAUUUUGCUUAUGAGACCAUUGACAUGUAUAAAAAUCAUUGACUUUGUAGAGCUGAGUUCAGUUGAGCUGAGAAGCUAUAUAUAUAUUAAAAAAAAGGUUCUGUUGAUAUCUUCAGUUUUGGUUCAAUUUAAACUUUUGUGUAUUUUACUUUUAUAGGAUCAGAAAUAGAUGUCAAUUCUUAGCAUAAACUCAGUACUGGAGGAAUAAAAAAUAAAAUUAAAAAAAGAACAAACCCAUCAGCCUAUUGCACUCAUGUACAAGUCUUAGACCAGUGUGCAAAGUUCAUGAUUUCCAAACUUCAGAUGACAGUAUCUCUUCAGUAUUCAAAUCAGGGUCAAGCACCCAAAUAUGCGCCUGUAUGGCAGUCUAUAUAGUUCCAGCAAUGUCUUUGUGCAAGUAGCCUAUGUUUAAAUGUGUGCAUCGGCAACAAUGGAACUGUCACAAACACAGUAUCUUCAAAAAUAAAAAAGUCUUUUUUUUGUCUGUCAGCUUGCAUUGUUUUAAAUGUAAUUCUUCUGUGAAACUAAGCGUGUUAUUUGUUGUGGUGUUGCAUAUAGAGCAGAUUGAUUACACAUUUGACUGUUUUGUGUGAAUAACUUGUCAAGAUGACCUUUUUUUGUGUGUGUGUUUAAGAAAAUUUUAGUCGAAGGAAUCCUAGAUCUAUGUGGGUUGGAGGAAGGAUACAUUCAGUGGCAAAAAGAGUUACAGCAUUGCAUUGUAACCUAUUCUCAAGAAUUAAAUAAUAUGCAUACGCAAAGUAUAUUGUACUCGUAUGAGAACAAUUUCAGACCACCAGCACUACUUUUAAAAUAAAAAAUGUAAAAAAAAAAAAAAAUUAAGGUACCUCUUGACAGUGAUAUAUGAAAUAAGUUUAUUUAAAUAAUUUAAGGAAUAUAUGUUUUAUAUGCUAUUUUCUAUACCUUAAUUUAAAAGGAGUACAUUUUCUUAUACCCACCACUUUUCUGCCCCUUGUCCUGAGGUCAGAGGAAAAUAUCUGAUGUAUAAACACAGCUAGAAUGUAAUGUUGUAACACUUUCUGGGAGAUAUGGGUCACACACCGAGUUAUUCCUGAAGAGCAAAAAUGUUUUACUGAUGAACUCUGUCACUGUGCCACACUGAAGCAACCAUGCUCCAACAGCAGGCCUAUGCGUUUAACCUAUUCAGCUACCAGAGUCAGACAUUCCUUGUAAUUUUUAGGCUACUGUAUGUUGGUUGAUUUGUUUUACCAACUAUUUAUGAAGAAAUGUGAACAGAAACUUUGACUGAAAUUAAAAAAAAACACAAUGAAAAGUUAUGCCCAGACUGCCACGUUGAUUAUUAUCACCAUGUUGCUGUGCACUCUGCAUGUUAACCAUACUGCAGACACUGUUUGCCAUGCUGUUUGUAUCAGACUGCUAGGAGUCACUUGAACUUGACACUGAUUAAGGCGCCAUCUUAGUGUCUUGGCUGAGUGUGUGUGACAGAGAAUGUGUGAGUUUGCGUGUGCCUUCAGUGGGACUACUUGGGUAGCAACUCAGAGAAAGAAAUUCCCGCUUGUGGAUAGGAAGUUCAGAAGGAGUGAUGGGGCACGUGUUUAUUACUACAAAAUUUGCAUGUAUUUUUUUUCUCUCCUCUCUUGAUGAGCAUUUACAGUUCUAAUAGUAUUAAUAAUAAUCCUGGCGCGCAGACUGGAAGACGGGCAGCUGAGGACACUGUGUGACCGUAAAAGCGGAGUGGCAUGCCUUGCCAAAAGCGGCACUACAGCGUCUCCCACUAGCCGAUUAACAAGACGCCACUACAUAAAAACAAGCAAAGGAGUUACCACACAUCAAUGGGUGCCAUGUUAAGCAUUUAAAUGGCGAAAAAAAUCCCUGAGAAUAACCACAAGAUUCACUUAGAAGCUAUCCCACGGAAUGAGAAGGGAAUAUCCUCAUCAUUUAUCAAAUGUGAUGCGAUAAAAAAAGCCAGAAAUAGCGUGCAGUGCAGGCUGUCACCUCACUGCCUCACUGCCUCACUUCCAGCUGUAACACUUUUGGUUCUCCAGCCCACAGUUAUCAUUUAAUUACAAACACAUUCACAUACUGAGUCGAAUUCUGUUUUUGAUUCUCACUUUUGCGCAAGCGCAACCCCUGCACUCUGUUUGAUUUAAUUUCUUUUCACCCCCCACUCCCCGUCUUGCCCUCCCAUCUCCUCCCCUCCCUCCCUCUCUCCCUCCCUCCCUCCCUCCCUCCUUCCUCUCUGCCUGCCUCCCCUCCCUUCCCGGCUCCUCUAGUCGCACAUUUCAAGUUUCUCCCACUCAGACGACGUGACGUAAAAUAACCGAGACCCGGUGUUCUGCCAAUCCUUGCUACCUGCCGAGAAAUGCUACUUUGCGGUUCUGCGCAUGCGCACAGUCGAUUUUCAAAGUUUGAUUGCCACGCCAAUAAUUUCUUGCACCAUGUAAAAUUGAUAAUAUGGGAUGUUGA